AUGGUGGUCACCGCGGAGAUGGUGAGCAAGAAGAGACGGGCAUGCUUCGCCCAUCGAUGUGCCCGCCGGGACCAAGUUCUGGGCCGUCCUCUACAUCCUCCACUGUACAACGUUCGAUUCUGGCGCAUCAAAAGUUUCGGCGUCAUUCUCGGCGACUACAGUGACAGAGACAGAGACUGGGAGAGUACAUACAACAGUAGACAGAACCUUCUCGGGAGUUCGCCGGGAGCUUGCGUAUGCAAACCCGUUGAGGCGGAAGUUUCAAAGAGGAGGGCGGUUGACUUUUCGACCCAGCAAGGGCAAAAGCGCAUGGAGGUUGUAGAUUACGACACCCAAAAGCAGACGUGCGACGAACGUGUUCCUGGCGAGGAUGAUCCAGGCACAAAUGCUCUCUGCAUCAUGUAUUGCCUUGCUGUCCAGGGUACUCGUUCGCCUGCAUCCGACCUACCGCAGACAAUCUGGGCAUCGGGCUGCGGUACCAGACGGGUUAGCUCUUGUUUUCCCCCCUCAAGGAUUUGUCCAUCACCAUUCUCACAAGAGAAAUGA